UCGGAUAGAACCCAACAAUUUAAUUUCCAUCUUCAUUCCGUCGUUUUACCCCCUCGAUUUCCGAAAAAUACUGCUCCAAUUCAUAUUGAUUCAAUUGUGUGGCAGCUAAAUUUUCCUCGUAAUAUUUCUUGGCCAGUGCUUUUUAGUUGAUUUGACCCACAUUUUUUUUCAGCCUCGUUUACAAAUUUCCUCUCGAGAAAAAGGCUGUAUCUUUAGCAUUCGAGUGCCUGGUAAUCUUGAGGGUUUUUUUUGUGUGUGUGUUGAAAACGGGCCCAGAAACCAGCGUUUGUUUUGUGCGUUAUUUCGUGAAAACGUUUCUCUCUUGUGUGCGGCUGUGGGUACCUAUUCUCUGAUCGGUAUUAACGUGUUUUUCUAAAAUUGCUCAUCAGUUUCCGUGAAAAUUGCAGCUAGCCAAGAAAAGUUGGGUCAGUGUCACACAUAGUGUGCCACACACAAGUUCUACACCAUACUAUUCCAUUCAGGAGACGAGAUUGAAUGCCACGGAAGAAAUCCUGGCGGUGCCGGGCGUUAGACGAGGACAUUUUCGAGGAUGACGAGGCCUCGGGCGGCGGGGAUGCGGGGGUGGAGAAGCCGGUGCAGCGGAACGCGGCGAACGCCCGCGAGCGGGCCCGAAUGCGCGUCCUGAGCAAGGCCUUCUGCCGCCUCAAAACCACCCUCCCGUGGGUCCCGGCCGACACGAAGCUCUCCAAGCUGGACACCCUCCGCCUGGCCACCAGCUACAUCGCCCACCUCAGAUCCGUCCUCUGUCUCCCGGAUGACGAGGACUAUUCUCCGCCUGACAAACCCUCGCAGCCUGUCCAUCCCUUGAAUUUGACUUGGCCGUACAGCUUCCAGUUCCACAUGAACAACGGGAGCAACAGUUCGAGUUGCUCGGCGGAUGACUGGAGGCAGAAAGAGCUCAAAAGCCGGGAGAGGGUCCCGGAAACCGACGUCCACUACUCACAGAACCAAGCCGCGGGCGACCCCUCCAAGUUCCGCCCGCACACACCGCCCGGGCCCGGUUUCUGCGCCUUCAGCGAUGCGCCCUGCAACCCCACGCACACCCACACUCACGCAUUCAAAUUCAAAAGCGAGGACAUGUUCGAGGGAAGAUCUCGCCGCUACGCUGAUGCAUACCCUCACCCUGUUUUCGAGCCAGCCAAACGGCUCUACUUGAUGGGCGAGGAGAAAAGUUGACCGCAAUAGACAGAACAGGGGGCGCCCUGUCGUGCUAAGGAAAAACGCCGUAUGAGCCUUCAGGCGUUGCCAAAUUUCCUUAAUAAAUAAAGAAU